UCCAGAGUACUGAAGGACCUGAACAAGUGAACUUUAGACAUCAAAUAGCUGGCCAUGGUGUUGGCCAUGGCGUCUCAGGAUGCUCAGAACUUCUUCCAGCCUCUCUCUUCCUGGAUGUCCCGGGUAUAUGAAGCUCUCCAGCAAGCAGGAGAUGCGUUAUCUGCCUCACUGGUUAACUUAAGCAGACAAGACUCUAAAUUGAGUGACAAGUUAGACCAGGACUUAGAUGAUAUGCAGAUGCAGGAAACUUACUUUGAAAAUGAAGAACAAAGCAAUGAUUGGAGUCAAGAGGACACAAAUUCCUUGUUUCUUGAAGUGGAUCAUUUCUCCUGUUGUAAUAGUGAUUUACAGGACUCUGCCCAAAGUUCAAGCCCUAGACUUAGCCAACAUGCAAAAGACUCGUGUUCCAUAAUGUCCCAGUGGCCCAAUCAGACCCUUGAUGACCAAAAGCUACCGCAUGUGCUUUCUUCUAUUGCUGAGGAAGACCAUCACCUUGAAAAGCAAAGGAGUGGCCUUCAACGUGGCUUUGAGAGCCAGCUCUCUGGUAUUUUAGAAAAUGUUAAUGGAAAAAAGCAAGUUACCAGCUUUGGAGAUGAUGAAGAGCCAUGCACAUCUUCAGACACUGACGAGGAGGUGAUCAAACAAUUUGAGAUUUCUGUGUCCCGGUCCCAGAGUUUCCGCUCACGAGCAUCUGAGAACAGAAAGCAGACAGGAUUGGAGCAGAACCCAAAAUUCUGCCGCUUGCUCUCGACGGGUCGAGAGGACAGCACAGAAGUGUCUGCUUGUGAAGAUUUGGAUGGAGCCAGCCAACUGAAUUAUUCUGAGAAUCUGUCUUAUGGUGAAGAUGACCCCAUCUCUGCCCACUCACAGUCCCCAUGUGAGGUGGGAGACAUCAGGCACCAUGGCACAUCUUCUCGAGAGACCAGCGUGGUCCGCAGCCUCAGUCGCCAGUCCACAGAGGGCAGCUUGGAGAUGGAGACAGCUUUUAAUAACCGGGGACUUGAAGACUCCUAUGCCACGGACAGCUCCUCUGUGUGGAGUCCAGAGGAGCAGGGUGGGACCAAUUUUCAGGUGCCAUCUGGGGUCCCGGAACCCAUCUCAAAAUGUGGUGACAUGGAUGUCAUCUUUGAAUAUAGAGCUGCCAGCCAGAAGCUCACAGUGACCAUUGUGAGAGCACAGGGCCUCCCGGAUAAGGACCGAAGUGGCAUCAACUCCUGGCAAGUACACGUAGUGCUGCUGCCCAGUAAAAAACAGAGGGGCAGGACGAGCAUACAGAGAGGCCCCAAUCCCGUCUUCAAGGAGAAGGUCACCUUCACCAAGCUCGAGCCCAGAGAUGUGACUGCCUGUGCCAUCCGCUUCCGCCUGUACGCUGCCCGCAAGAUGGCCCGUGAAAGGGUGAUGGGAGAGAAAGUCUUCUAUCUCAGCCGCCUGCACCCAGAAGGGGAGACAAACGUGACUCUGGUUCUGGAGCCAAGAAGUAAUAUCAGUAGUGCAGAGUCUCCGCUCAGCCCAUCUGCCGUUUCUCACAGCGAUAGUGCUUCAUCCACGCAGUCGCUGUCUCAUGGAGGGGCGCCAGAGCUGCUGGUGGGGCUGUCCUACAAUGCCACAACGGGGCGAUUAUCUGUGGAAAUGAUUAAAGGCAGCCAUUUCCGAAACCUCGCUGUUAGCAGAGCGCCUGAUACAUAUGGAAAGCUCUUUCUCCUCAAUUCUGUGGGUCAAGAGAUGUCCCGCUGCAAGACGUCCAUUCGUCGUGGUCAGCCCAAUCCUGUCUAUAAGGAGACCUUUGUUUUCCAGGUGGCCCUCUUUCAGCUCUCCGAUGUCACGUUGAUGAUUUCCGUUUAUAACAGGCGUACUAUGAAGCGUAAAGAGAUGGUUGGUUGGAUUGCUCUGGGCCAGAACAGUAGUGGGGAGGAGGAACAAGACCACUGGGAGGAAAUGAAGGAGACCAAAGGCCAGCAGGUCUGCAGAUGGCACACAUUGCUCGAAUCCUAGGUUUGCCAAC